AUGAGCAAGAGAUAUUACCAAAGUAGUGGCAGUAGUGGUCAUGGAAGGGGAGGAUACUCUCAAGAUCAUCAUCAUCACUACAGACGAGAAGAAGGCUCUUAUGGCAGCGAGCGAUUUGGUUCGGGAACUGAAAGCCUUCAAAUUAAACGGUACAAGGACACUCAUCGUCCGCAAGCAAGUUCUUCAUCAGGCUCCGUAUUGAGAACCAACUUUUAUCCCAUCAGAAUGCUACCCAAUCGUCAAUUUUACAUUUACAGUGUUUCCAUUGCAAUUCAAGCAACCAGAGACUCGUUACCUUCAGACAUCUAUAGUUGGGCAGAUUCCAUGUUGAAAAACGUGUAUUUUAAGAACAAGCUGUUUUACAUCUUGAGACGACAAGGCUUACUGAAUUUGGACAGUCCAAGUCAACAAGAAAACAUUAAGGGUUUACCAUUCUUUGAUGGAUCCAUUUUGGUGUCAAUCUUUGAGUUGGAACAAUUUAAAGAAGUGCAAAUACCUGGAAGCUUGACACCUCGUUCGCAGCAGCCAACACCUGUUAAGGUAUUUGACAUUACGUACAGGAGAAUGGAGCAUAUUAUUCCGUUUCGAAUUACGAUCACCAAACUCACGAGCGUUGGACUUAAUCAAAAGAUUCAAGACGUUAAAUUAGAUCAAGCCGUUUCAUUUUGUUUAGAAACUCUGUUCGUCAAUCACUUGGACAUGGUCUUGUUAGGAAAGGCCAUGUGUGAAAAGACAGGUAGAAUUGAAAACAAUUUCAACAUUAGGAAAGGAGUUAUCCCAUCACUCAUAUUUAUCACCUCUGGCCUUCAUUUAAACUUAACAUUCAAACAAAAGAUUACAGCAUCCUCACCCAUUAUCCACAACAUUGAACAUUAUGAAAAUACUGGAACAUCAAAGGAAAGAAUCAGUAACACGUUCCGUGGCUGCAGUGUGGUGUACAAUAACAAAUCUUAUGUUAUUAAGGAGAUUGAUUUUUCACAAAAUCCAUUGAGUACCUUUAAAAAGGAUGGACACGAUAUCACAUUCAGAGAUUACUAUAAGGACAGAUAUGGUGUCGAGAUUAAAAACUUGAAGCAACCGCUCAUUUCGACCACUAUCAAGAUGAGAAACCAAAAAAAGCAAAAGAUUUAUCUAAUUCCAGAGUUAUGUUAUCUCUCUGGAGUGACCAAGCAAGAAUUGAGAAAAAUACCAAAAGUAACUGUGCAACAAAAAGAAAUAUUUGUAAGGGACAUUGUUCAGAAAGCCAACUCAAACAAAGCUAAAGAAUAUUGUGACUCUGUUGGACUGGCCAUUGAUCAAAAUCCAAUUCAAUUGAAUUUAGAGACGUUGAACGAAUGUAGAAUUGUCUCCCCCGAAGUUGUACAAAAAAGAGACAAAUGGACCAUCUCCACCAAGAAUUUGAACGACUAUUUUUAUCAAAUGCAUGACACUUGGCUCGUUAUAGGCGAGUCUCGAGAUGUUGACGAAUUACUUCGUGUCAGCGAAAGGCAUCAAUUACCUAGGCCAAUUGAAAUAUUAAUUCGGUCAAGCUCUGGUCACAAAGACGAAUACAUGAACGAGUUGGAAAAAAUUGCAGACUGGACGAGAAUCAAAUUCGUUUUUGUUUUGUUAAAGGAUCCAAACAAAAUUCGCUAUGCAAAUAUCAAAAGAUAUUUAAGCACAGAAAUAGGAGUUCCUUCGCAGUGCAUUGUUUGCAAUUCGCACGAUUGGACCAAACGAUUACCAAAUAGCUUAUUUCAGAUUGCUGCAAAGGCUGGAUGUAUCAUCUGGACAGUGGAGAAGAACGAGGACGAAGUAUUCCUAUCUAUUUGCGGUGUUGAACUCCAACGACGAGGAAGGAUGGCUAAAGGAGCAAUAACAAUAAGUCUCAAUUCCACAUAUACUCUCUAUCAUACAGUUACGUUCAAAAAUGUUGACAUUGAUGUUGCCAAGCUCGAAAUCAUCAAAGGCAUCGAGGAAGGUCUGGAACGUUUCAUAGCAAGAAAUCUAGACCUUCCUCCGGCCCUGAUUAUUUAUUAUUCAGGACAAGACUUUUUAGACAUUUCAGAAUCCAUUAAUGAUUUAGCAGAACGUUUGCAAUCCAAACAGCGUGAACAGUAUCAGACCGACCAGUUUGAAAACAUGUUUAGUGUGUGCCUUAUUAGCGUCAAUAAGGACACUAACGCAAGAUUUAACACUGGUAACUAUGACAAUACACCAGUGGGUACAUGCGUCAAGACACUCUCCAGAAUGUUCACACAAGAGUUUUAUUUGACCUCUUGUUUUAUUUCCAGCAAUAUUGGAUAUAGCAGACCCGUACGAUAUCAAAUUUUGAGCAACACUACAAAAUUUGACGUGGAUCAAUUGACAAAUAUCACGUUCAAGCAAACACAUCUUUAUUUCAAUUGGAAUGGAACAGUUCGAUUACCUGCGGCUUGUCUUUAUGCAAAGAAGGCCACAGAGGCAGUGGACACAACCAACGAGAAAGCACAUCCUAACCUACAAAACUCACUUCACUUUCUAUAA